AAAUCCAAAAUGGACGAACGUUGACAUUGCGACUUGUCAAGUUAAGAAGCAAUAUGAUAUAAUGUUAUUCUUUGUGUAGCAUCAAACAUCUGAUAAUGAAUAGACACCAAGUUCUCACAGGAGCAUGUAAUUUUGGAAAAAAGUGUUAUGCUGUCGGUAGCGUUGAAGGAAUUCAUUUUACUGUGUAUGCAGCGGGCUGUGACAUAGUUAUCUUGGCCAGUGACCUCCAAAGGGUACAGAUCAUACCCGGGGUAACCCAUGGAAAUAUCAAGGUCAGCUGUAUCGAUGUAUCCACUGAUUCUGGAAAGAUUGUGGCCUCCUACCUUCACAAGCUGUAUGUGUUUGAACCAGCCCCACUGAUCCACCAUGACAGCACACAUAAGCUGGACUACCACUGGUACCAGACCGCCAUGUUUGAGGCAGAUUGCCUUGUUCAGUGCCUCACAUGGAAUCUAGAAGGGAGUAAACUGCUGACGGGAGGGGAGGUAAUGCAGAUGUGGACAGUGUCCCAUGACGUCCAUGAGGAGGAGACACCCAGGAAGUCCGUCAAGUUCUCCGUCGGAAAUGAUGGCGAGCGGGAGACACUACAGCCGGAACAGGAAGUUGAGAAUAAGUGGACCACCAUCUGGAGAUGCCGGCCAGCGACCCCUGUUCACCACCUCCAGUUCUCCCCUGAUGGUUUGCUGUUCGCAUCUGCAGGAGAGAAUGACAGACUUGUGAAAGUUUGGUUUGAAGACAGAAAAAUCAGUCUGCAGUUGAAUCAUGCUGAUAGUAUCGUUAGCCCUAAAAAGGACAACCUGAACUUCAACUUUGUCUACAUUGCACACCCCAGGGCUGUGACAGACCUCUCAUGGAGGAAAACUAGCAAGUUCAUGCCAAGGGGAUCUGUGGCCAACAUGCUGAUCACAGCCUGUCGUGACCAUGUGUGUCGGAUCUGGUGUGAAACCAUCCUGCCUGAUGAUGGGCUGGUGGACCUUGAACAGUUCGACCCAAGCUCUACAUACGACCCCAAGUUUCACAUGCACAGACAUAAAAAGAGAUUCAUGCAACGCUUAAAAACUAUAAGUAAUCCUGAAGAACCGACUCAAAAACCUGAUUAUUCAAAGUGUCCUUACUACAAAUACCUUGCUGUAAGGCAUGCCAUCCACAAGCGCAAGAAGCAUUCCAAGUUCGGGCCAGAGACCGUUAUGAGCAUGCCCAGUCUGAGUAGCAUCAGCAGUUCCCAUGACUUCCACAAGUUCUGUGUCCAUCAGAACGGUCUGGUCCCUUCCAUCCACUUCCAUCUAGCAGCCAGCAUUAAUCCAGAGACAGACAUUCCAUUAGCCCCCACUCUGGGACGCAAGGCAGGUGGGGAACACACAUUCCAGCUGCAUUGGCUCAACAAUAAAGAACUCCAGUUCACCAUGGAGUCUGAAAAAAUACUGCAGGAGAUGCACAGAAGGGCAGGAUUCGAAGACCAUGAUUCAGAACACCCCAGCAGCACAGACUUCUCCACCCACCAGACCUUGUACCAGUCUGACUCCGAUAGCGAGCAGUUCCACAUGGAUGAUCACAGUCAUCAAAAGAAAGCAACCAGCGCAUUGCGCAACGGCAAGACGAAAUUGAAAAAUGAUCAUGGUUAUGAUAGCAACAGUACCAACAGUUAUGUGUCUGACCCUUUAGAAGGCAAUUCCCCAGAAUCCAUUGGCACGUCUCUGGAUGCCAUUGACCGGCGUAUAGAGGGCUUAUUGAAGGACUGGCACCAGAAUGCAGACAUGCUGUUUUGUGUUCACCCAAUAGACGGUAGCUUCCUAGUCUGGCAUGUGGACUGGCUGGACGAGUUCACUCCCUAUACAUUCCGACAGGCGCAGGUCAGUUUCUCCUCCCGCCUGCCUCACGCGUUCCCAAUACCGGAUGCCCGGUCUAUGGAGAGUGUUCCCUUGAUGUACUGCAACUACAGCAAGAUGGACAUCAAGUCUGCCAUGAAACUCAGCGAGAACGAGGGCCGGUCAGAGACCCGCACCAAACAGUCGUCUGCUGCCACAGGGAAGUCCUCCCCGGGUCAGAAUGACAAUAUGCUGAUACCAAAUGUGCUUAUGAUCUCCAAGCAUACCAACGGUUCCCUGAACCAGUGGCAGAUCAGUUUUCAAGAGGAUUCAAAGUUUAAGACUGUGGUCAGUGUGGCGCAUGUUUCCAGGUCUUGUGGUCACAGGUUCCGAACGAACACAGCCAUUUGUCACCCUGCAUUGCCACUGCUUAUAACCACGUCUCGGCUACAAACUAAUAGACAGACACAGAGGGCUGGACAUCUGGAGUCAGUGCCUGAAAACAACAGCAGCGAUACUGGCUUCAUUUACUGCAGCGAGCUUAUUCUGUGGCGCGUGGAUCCGGUCGGACCGUUGUCAAAGUCGGGUGGCAUCUUAGAGCUGGCAAAGAUCAACUCUACAAAACUGUCAGCCUUCAGUAACGUGGCAUGGGUUCCUACGUUAUUGCCUAGUACAAUAUUGGGUCCGUACAGUAACUCGCCCAGUGCUCUAUUUGUGGCGUCCGAAGGAGGUUGUCUACGGUUGUACCAGGCGGUGAUAGAUGGACGCUCUCUCCUUAUAGAGAUGAAUACCAGGAAACAGGCCCAGCAGAUGAGUUUCAGCAGUCAGACCAGUUCUGGGUACAGUUAUGAGGGACAGGAGCCUCCCACUGAGCUCUUCAACAUCGUCAGUGUGCAGUCCUCUGCCAGACCUGGGUGUAUCAUAGAGCUCGAGGCUUUCACUGAGGAUAACCAGUUGUGGGUUGAGAACCAGCUGCUACACGUGUUCCAAGAGCCCCUAGUCACAGGCAAGAGCAGCGUGAAGGGAGGCAAGAAAGACCCGAUAGUGGACCUCCGUAACAUAGGAUCUUUUGAGGAGAACUUCUUCCUCAUCCUUCUUGGGAAGAACUCUGAUCACAGCUCCACCAUUCACAUGUGGAGGAUUACCAUGGCCUCCUCUACUGUGGAUAAUGCACAGUCUGAUGGUGUGGAUGAGAAGUACAUGAUGGACUACACACUGGUAGGGGAGGAGGAGUCUAACCCACCGUCCCGGCCUGACUCCCCCGACGUCGUCAGCAAGGCUGUCACCACUAAGCUGCUCAUUUCCACCACCAAGGUCAAGUGCCAGACGCUGCCCCUGCCUGAGGGGGUGGAGGUGCGCUCAGCCAACGUCGCAGCAGGUCACCUAAGCUCCGCCUCCAUCUACCCAGCAUGCCUCGCUCCUUACUUGCUUGUCACGGCAUGCUCCGAUGGAACCAUAAGGUUCUGGAAGUGUAACGUGCAGGCGAUCGGUCACCCCCUGAUGUCAGUAGGAGGCAUCGAGCUCAACCCUCUGGCGACUCUCAGUCGAACCAACUUUGAGUAUGGGGUGGAGGAGGAGGAUGGGCGGAGAAUGCAGCGCAGGCUGUCCUCUGUCAUGAAGGUGUCACGUGACACAGAGUACGAGUGGGUACCAUGGAGACAUAUGUACGGCGAGGGAAAGUCAAGCGAUAUUCAUAUACCAGGCAAGCCACUUACAGUCAGCUGUGCAUAUACUGGUCGUGUGGCAGUGGCUUACAGAUUUGGAGGGAAACCCCACGGGACUACCCCUGACAGUCGCUUUUUCAACCUCCGUGUUGUCAUUUAUGAAUGUGAAUCAACAGGUGGCUCCCAAUGGGUGGCGGAGGACACAAUAGUGCUGAACAACAUCCGUAUCCCAGAGAGCCACGUGGAGGUUGACCUAGAAAGUGGCACUGACACGCCCCUCAGUGACAGCGACAGCAGCCCAAGCCAGUCCCUCGCCUCAAACUUCAUCUCCAUGGUCCGCACCAAGAGCGUGCCCAGCCUCUCCACGCUUUACUGCGCGCGCAAGGAACUAGAGGAACAUGUGGACAAAUUGGAGAUUAUGAGACAGAAGCACCUGGUGCAGCUGGACUGGGUGUCCACUGAGGACGGCUCACACAUCCUCACUGUCGGUGUCGGCUCUAAGAUCAUGAUGUACGCCCAGGUGUCUAAGGACAUCAUCCAGGAGUCCAAGCAGCAUGAAGUGGGCAGCCAUUCAAACACUGCCAUUAUCGAACCCAACUUGAAGUUCGAUUUAAACGACAAACUGAGCGGUCGCAGAAUGUCCAAGUUUCAGAAAUCCAAGUCUAUGGUAGUUAAUGAAUAUCAGGAGGUGCUGCAGUGGAUGAAGCUGAGAACAAUAGACUUGACCACGGCUGAUGGGUUGCCACCCUUGCCCAUGCAUAUCUCUUGGGUGCGGGGCGGUAUAUUGGUGGUCGGAAUGGACAAUGAAAUGCACGUCUACUCGCAGUGGCGUUUCUCGCAGGGUGUGGAUGGUAUCGCAGGUUUUGACCAGGUGGAUGGCUUUGACUCAGAUGUAAGGGCAUUCCACAACAAAAACUUUUCCACUCUUGAUCUUAACAAAGAUGCCCUUAUGAGGGGCAAAAAGAGCUUACCGUCGAUCAAAACUUCAAUUUCUGUGCCGAAUUUUAAAAAGUUUGCUUCCACAGUGUUUAAGAAAGAUAACUCAAAAAGUAGUUCUAACCUUAGAAAAAAGGGAACAAAGGCAGAGUUGGAGAGAAGAGACAGUGAUGUGAGCCUUACUGUGAUACAUGAACUUGGUCUAUUUGAAGCUGCACACCAAGCCAGUCCUGUGUUACCGCAAUACCAUCCAAAAUCUCUGAUGGAAUUACUGUACUUUGGUAAGGUACGAAGAGUGAAAGCAAUUCUGGCUCACUUAGUGAGAUGCAUUGCUGGACGAAAUAACGGCAAUGUCACAAUUGUCGAUGAAAUCAACUUAGACGAUAGUUUGUUUCGACAGAGAACCAUGUCCAUCUCUCAGAGUCCAGGCGAGAAACCUGUUAUCAAUGAAGAGGUUACACUCAACUAUGUUGAAAUCACGUCCAUUCCCCUGCUUCCAUUGUAUGCGCUUCUAGCAGCAGAUAGUGAUAAGUCCACUGUGGACAUGAACAUGACCCCAGCAGUAGGGGCUGAGGGUCAGGGUGGAAAAACAGACUACAAGGACCUCUUCCAGUCCAACGCAAUGGAGGAUGAAGGCUUGGACAUUGAUGUUCUCUCGAGUUCAGCCGAGGACAAACCAAGGAUCGUUCGUUCGUCCUCGACAACUGGCGGUCCAGGGGCCAAUCCCUACGCGUUUAGCGGAGGUCAAGCAGAGCUCCUGGGCAAGCACCUGACCCGCAUGCAGCUGCCAGGACUGUCUGGUCAGGACCAGAUGUACCUGAUGGCACUAGCUGACACUGUGUCGCACACCAAGACAGACUUUGCAGAGAGCUUUGAACCCUCUGCCACAGCUGGCCCUGCUGCAGCGAAGAGCGUCCACACGGCAGAGACACUGGACGACUGUGGCCUGCGCUUCCUGUUGAGUAUGCGCCACUACCACUACCUGGUGCGCUCCCUCCCGCCUGCGCAGAGGCAUCAGCUCAGUAAGACUGGGCUGAAGAACUUCAACCUUGUAUGGGCCUUCCACUCUGAAGCUACAGAGGAGCUGUUGUCACUGAUCCCAACAGCUGGUACCCAGCUGACCUGGACUGACCUGCGCACAUAUGGCGCAGGCUGGUGGAUCAACAACAUCAACAUCCUAAAGCGAACCUUUGAGAAACUUGCCAAGGAUGCUUUUCAGGCAAAGAAAGACCCCAUGGAUGCCUCCCUGUUCUACUUGGCCAUGAAGAAGAAGAAUGUACUCUGGGGCCUCUUUAGGUCCGUUGACAACAAAAAAAUGGCAGACUUUUUCCGCAAUGACUUCACAGAGGACAGAUGGAGGAAAGCUGCGUUGAAGAACGCCUAUGAUCUACUGGGCAAACAGAGAUUUGAACACGCUGCAGGCUUCUUCCUAUUGGCUGGAGCUCUAAAAGAUGCAGUAGAGGUGGUCAUGGACAAUCUGGGUGACCUCCAGCUGGCUCUAGUCCUGUGCCGGCUCUAUGACGGGGAGGACAUGAUGUGUGCCCCGGUGAGGCAAAUCCUGUACUCACAGAUCCUGGGGCGUGACGAGACAGGCCAUGCCCACCACAGUGUCCGGCCCCACCCUGACCCCUUUCUCCGAAGCAUGGCCUACUGGCUUUUCAAAGAGUACAGGAAUGCUCUGCAGACGUUGUUACACACCGAGGAAGGUGUCCCAAUAACAGGGGCCACAGACACAGAACAUUUCUCCAUCUCCAACGUGUUCAACUUCUACAACUACCUGCGCACUCAUCCCUUGCUCUUAAGGCAAAAAAUAGCCACUGCAGCCCCACAGUUGAAGAACAAACGAGUCAUCAGUGGAUUUUCAAAGCAGCAGACCACAGCUGGGUCCUCUGAAGACGAGAUGGCGUCUGUGGUGGAUAGUGUCAGUCCAAUGGAGCGUAGGCUCUUCUUUGCUACUGCACAUUCCCAUUACAAGAAUGGACAUCCAAUAUUGGCUCUUGAGGUGUUGUCCAAGUUGCCAGUAAUUACCACAGCUGAGGUGGAUUCAGACUUAGAUUGGAAAACAUCACGGAGUGGAAGUGUUAGCAGCAUAAGUACGGGUAGUUUUUCCAACUAUAAUGACUCUACUGCAGUUAAUGGCCAUGAUUCGGGAAAUGUGCAAAAUAGCCAGUCUAUAGAUUGGAGUAAACCAGUAUCAGACAGUAAAACGGAAACGGCUGAUGCUUUUGACUGGAGUACACCAGUUUCUAAUAAAAACAACACUGCUGAUGCAUUCGAUUGGGGCCAAUCGUUUUCAAAGAUUGAUGAGGAAGAUGAGCUUAAACUUGAUUUUGAACUGUCUGGUAGUGAUAGUGAUAGUGAGAAAGAUGAAGAGGUGCUCAACACUACAAAUCUUAAUGGAGUAAAAGGUAUACCAAGCAUAGUUGUGGACACCACAUCUGGAAGUGAUCAUGACAACAAUGAGGAUGACGAGACACCCAGUACUCUCAAGUGUCUUACUGACAAAAAGGCAGCUGCGCAUGCUGAAGUGGACAUCUUUGCGCAGCAAUACAAGUUCAUUGCCUGCCUCAAGGUGAUCAUGGAGGAGAUGCAGACACUGUCCACUGGCUUUGAGGUGGACGGUGGUCAGCUGAGGUACCAGCAGGGACCUAGAUAUCAGGUGUACAUUUGGUUGGAGCGUGAGGUGGAGGCCUUAAGACUGCUGUGUAACUAUGGUGACGAUGAUUCCGACCAAUCGGAAGAUGGCAGAAUAAUAAACAAUGACAUAAACGACGAGUCCCAGGAGGAUGAGGACAGUGACUCGUCAUUCCUUGUGGCUCGCAAGGGCUCCACUCGGUCCACCUCCUCCCUGAACAAGCCUUCACUGCAUGAGGUCAUUUUUGCGGAGAAGCUUGACCUUGAUGCUAAGAUGGAGCGCAUGGGGCACAGGAAGCAAUGGCUGCGUGCGCACUCACAGUUGCUGCGGACUCUGGUGGCAUACUGCGUGUUACAGGGGGCAGCUGGUGGGGGCAUCGCUUCAGUGCAAAUGGAGCUUCUGUUACUGCUACAGGAAUUGCAGCAGGAGAGGCCCCAGCAGCAGUUGCUGUCCCCGCUGCCGUUCCCCACCACCCUGCCCCUCCUUUCAGCGGCCAUUGCGAGCUCUAAAACGGUCACUGCCGACCCCAUACAACACAUCCAGUGUCUUACCCAGGACCUUCUCCACUCCAUCAUUGAGUUCACAGCGCCCCCUGGACUCAGCAGUCCGCUACACACAGUGUUAGUGAUGCGUAACCUCAGUGUGGCCCUGGCCUCGUGCGUGUACCAGUGCCUCUGUGACAGUGAUAACUUUGUUGUCUCGCUGACGGAGAAUGUGGAUGUUGGAUUUGAAGGAUUUUCAAACAGUGCCAACUUUAUCUGUGGUACAAGUCACCUGAUGUCUGGUGUACGGAGACUUCGUAACAAGUCCAUCACUGCCCCAGAUGACAUUGUGAAUACCCCACCUGCUAAAUGGCCAGGUGUGACCUCUCUACGGGUACUCCUGGCGAGGGAGAAAGACGAGGACUCCCCCAAGCUGAACAUUCUGCUCACAGAGUCCCUCUUCGCUGUGUUUGUCAGCCUGUUCAUCAAUGCCCUAACCACGUACGACUGCUUCAUACUCUACCGACUUACUGCACACAAGUUUGACAUGCAGAUGUGGUCCUCUGUGUUUGGUGGUGGCGUAAAAACCAUAGUGCGCCUUGGGAGCUCCAAUUCUCCCAAGAUGGGACGUAAAGCUGACGACCUUUACAACAAGCGCCUGAAGCUGAACAUGAAAAUCAUGGGCUCGCAGCGUGACGGCAAGAAGUCGUACAAGGAGAGAUUUGUCCCCCCUGAGCUCAGCAUGAUCACCUACUUCAUGACGAAACCAUUUGUGACAAGUGCAGAGUCCGAGUUCAACUACAACUCGGAUGACUCGAUAUCUUCUGACGAGGAGGAGGAUCACAAUGAUGAGGAGGAGGAGGAGGAGGAAGGAGGGGAUGUGUUUGAUGAUGAGCCCAACAGGCCUUUGUCUCUGAACCUCCCAAGCGUUCAGCAGCAUACGGAUCCGAGCUCAUAUGCCUGGUGCCUUCUGCGGUAUGCAGCAGUGAAACUCGUCUUCCACAACCUCUCUACCUUCCUGCCACAGAUAGGCAUUGAGCUCCAGGAGCUGCCGGUCUGUUCGCCGCUCCUACAUGCGCUGCUGCGUAACCUGGAGCAGUGGAUUGACGUGUUGCUAGGGCGACUGGAGCUAUUUGCCGCUGCCCCUGACAACUUCAUCCCUGGCAUUGAGGUGGAGAUCAUCCCAGGAGUACCUAGCACCAAGUACAAGGCUCUGAUGAACAAGAACAACACACCUUUCAUAGAGGGAUCUGCAACACUUCCAAUCAAGCGGCUCUGGUUUCAUCUUCUCAAGCAUGACCUCCUCAAAGAUGUGUUCGUGCGCUAUGUGUUCAAGAAGCAAAGACCCCAGGACAUGAUACCUAGAGAGGACUCCUCCAUGGAGGGUCUGGACUCCCCCAAGGUGGCGCCACCUUUCAAAAUCAUCCACAAGGAGCAGGACAUAAUCACAGCGUUUGCCCUAAACCAGGGUUGCUCUUUAUUUGGCAAUGAGGUGAACUCCAACUUCAUCACCUUGGCAACACAGAAGGAGCUGGUGGAGCUGGACAUUAACCAGGUGCUCAACCCGCCUGUCUGGUUGGACAUCGAGAAUGAGAUGGAUAUAGAGGCCUUCAACAACCCAUCUCCAGCCAACCUUGCUGAAAACGUGGACUUCCUGGUGGUGCAGACCCCCUCCGACUCGUACCAACAGCAGAGUGGGAGCGGCACCAACACCCCACAGACCAAUCAUAGCUCUGGUGCCACCACUCCCAGCGUGCACCUGGCUCCCGGUCAGCUGGCUCAGACUGGGCGCGGAACAAGUGUGGUGUCUCGGCGACUGGUGGCGGGUGUUAGACGUAUCAGUGCCCACCCAACGCUACCUCACUAUCUCACUGGGACCUCAGACGGGUGUGUGAGACUCUGGGAGUGGGGCCACAGCCAGCCACUAGCAACCCUCAGGUCGCCGGGCUCAUUCCCUAAGGUGACGAAGGUGCUCUUCAAUUCCCAUGGCAACAAGUGCUGUGUGAGUGACACAGAGGGAAGCAUAUGCCUCUGGCAGGUGGGGCAUGGAACAAACUUCAACAAACCCAUCCUGAGUCUCCAGUGCCACAACAAGACCACAAGCGACUUUGCCUUUGUGGGCUCCACAAGUCUGAUUGCCACUGCAGGCCAUUCCUCGGAGAACAGGAACAUCUGUGUGUGGGACACACUGCUGCCAACUAGGAGUGCCUGUGUGCAAGCAUUCACCUGCCAUGAGCACGGCAGCCACGCGCUGGUGUAUGCACCCAAUCAUCAGCUGGUGAUCAGCGGGGGCACCAAGGGGGAGGUGUGCAUCUUUGACAUCCGCCAGCGUCAGAUGAGGCACACGUUUCUGGCCCACGACUCUAUGAUCCGGUGUAUCACUAUUGACCCUGAGGAGGAGUACUUCGUUACCGGCUCUGCAGACGGCGAUAUUAAGGUGUGGGGCCUGGAUAUCCACCAGCAGAUUGCGUCGUUCCCAGGGGAACACACACGAAGCAACACGUUCUUCCGCAACGUGGGUUCUGCCACAGGAGUAACGCAGCUCGCUAUUGGCCCAAAGAACACGCUGUUCUCGUGUGGAGUUGACGGAAGCAUGAAGUUCCGUGCCAUUCCAGAGCGCGACAACUUGGUGCGUGUCUGGAACAGUCAGUGAGAGUGCAAUAAACCAUCACCACUUUCUUCCUUCUUUAGCAGGGGCUGUCGUUCCCUUAGAACACAAUAUUUCAUAUUACGCAGUUAUCCCCAGAAAUGGAUGGUAUUAAAAGAUAUUCUUUUUUUCCAAAAUGUCAUGUAUUAUGUAAAUUUCCAGCAUAAUAAGGGCCAAUAAACACAUCCCAUGACGGUGUAAAGGCUGUUUCAAUUGCCUGUGAUGUUGUAUAUAUGUGGUAUUACUCGAUAAAGAUAAUGAAAUGUUACUGAAAUAUUGAUAUAUUUUGUCACAAAUGUCAAUUUUCGCUAUAAUUAAGAAGUUGCGUGAUAGAAAUUACCAUGUUACAAAUGUAUAUGUUCAGUAUAAUAAGAGCGCAUUUGAAUGUUCAGCUGAGAUGUUUAAUGUGUUACUGUUGUAUGAUAAUUACAAUUUAUUUAAGUCUAAAUUUCCAUGAAAACCAUGAUUGUUGCGAUUUUUUCUUAGUGCUGCAAUUUGUUGUUAUUAUUUCUUACUGCUUUGGUUGUGAUUAAUCAUUUUCUACGUUAAUGAUUCUGGAAUACUGACAUAAUAGAGAAUAAAAUAUGUAUAAAGUAUUUUAUGUAUAUAUGUAUGAAGCUACAUAGUUUACAUUGUUGCCAAUAGUUUCUUAUUGUUAUAUCUGUUAGUUUUGUCUUGUCAUUUUUUCAUUGAAAGACAGAAUUCAUGAGUAAUUAGCAGGGUUACACAUAAACUAGAUUUUAAAUAUUUAUAUUGAAGAUUCUGUGUAUGUUAAGAUUUGUGUAUAAUUUGGACAAGUGUGUAUUAAUUGUAAAUUUUAGAUUAUUUAUUUUAUAAAUGUUAUAGCUUGAGGUUUAAUAACUUGUGUGUGGAACAUUGAAAACAAAGUAUCUGUUUUAUAUAUAAAUAAUGAGAUUUUAAAGACUUGGAAAUAUAUUUCUUGUUUACAAGAAGUAAAUUGCACACAUUAAUUGAUGCUUCAAAAUAUAUUAACCAUUUGUUGCAUGUACCUGUCUAUCUUUAUUCCACAACACUGCUUGAUCAGAGUCAUGAGCUCACAUGAUAGGUUGCAUUUGCCAUUUGAUGAUGUUUAUUGCUUAAUUGCGGUAUUUAUUGCAUGCAAUGAAAUGUCAUCAAGUACAGAUGGUUCUACCAAAAUAUGACCCUAAUUUAUUUGGGUUGCAUGCUCUGAUUCUUCUGUUUGUGCUUCUAGUCAUUGAAAACGAGCCAUGCUGUGGGAAAAAAAGCUUUAAGUGUGUGUGCGUAAUAAAGUGUUGUCUUAGAUAAGCUGGUGCAGUCUGCUCAGGUGCAGGGACGACACUUUCCACCUAAACUGGAUUUUCGCUAAGAAGAGACUUCCUUUAAACAUAAAAAAUAUAAAUAAGCAUAAAAAAGUUGUUCAUGAUAAGCCUGUGUGGACUGCUCAUUUUCAAGGGAUUUUAUUCUGUUUGCAAAUCAGUGAUUUUAACAAGAUUGAAUGUUGAUUUUGCUGGACUUGUAAGUUUUAACUCAUCUUCAAGAACAAACAGUCGUUAAAAAACGGAGUAAUGGAUGUCCUUUCAAGUUUAGCUUAUAAACAAUGUGAAAUAUUCCAGGCAGAGCUAUUUUUACUUAUUGAAAGGCAAUGCUUUUUAGUGUCUCUGUGUAAAGAUAUUAUGGAUGAAUAGUUUAAGCUAAGAUUAGGUGUUUAGAUUGUGUAACAGUCCGCAGGUACUGUGUUACAAUUUGUGAUAUUACAAGAUUUAUUUCAAAUGCUUUAGUCAAUAAGGCUUGAUAUGUGUAUGUGUGGAUGUAAUUGGUUUGAUUUCAUCUUGUUGAUAUUAUUUUAAUGCCAGCUUUUGUAAAGUUUGAAAACCCAAUUUAAAUUCUCUCAUGAAGUAGAUUUUAAAAUUUGAAUUAGUUGAAUGUUUGUGUUUCCAAAGGUGUCGUAGACAUUGCGUAUGAGUAGAACACGUAUGAGUUAUCUAUAAAUUGUAUUGCAUUAUUUGCUUUUGAAUGAAUAAAUAUAAUACUCCAUAAGGUUUGCUUCUUGGUAAAUUCAUAUGAAUGAUUGAGUUGUGAUGAUUUCUGUGUAUGUUUUUUUUUUUAAAUAUUGAUGGUAUUCAAAUAUACUCAAAAAGUGCAUAAAAAGGAAAGAAGAUAAAAUGCUAAGAAAGGAAGGCAUUUCUAACAAAAUUACAUGGUUUUUAACUAAUAUACUAGAUCUCUUUGUCAUAUUAUUCACAAGAAAAAAAAAUAUUGUGUCGAAACUAUUACACAAGAGAUUGAAUGUCAGAUGAUACUUAAGGUUUUUGUUAUUGCAAAAAUAAGUGCAGACAUUAUUUUGUUUUUAUUAUUUUCAUGUUCAACUUUUUUAUCAAUAUAAUGUUUCUAGAAUCAUAUGGGCUGUGCUCUGUGAAAGAAGGAUUUAAUGCAUUUGCGUAAAGUGUUGUCCCUGACAAGCAUGUGCAGUCUGCACAGGCUAGUCAGGGACUACACUUCCUGCUUUUCUGAUAUAUGUUCUUUUUGCAGAAAGUAUCUUUUUAGCAAAAAUCCAGUUUAAGCAGAGAGUAUUAUCCCUGAUUAGCCUGUGUACACUGCACAGGCUAAUCUGAGAUGACACGUUAAACACAUGCAUUCAAUCCCCUUUUUACAGAGCACUGCACAUAUACUUAUUUGAGUUAUCUAGUUUAUUUUGCAGGCAUGUAACAAACAGAGAAAUGGUAUUGGUACAAAAGCCUUUGAAACUAGUCUAAGUUAUAGCCUGUAAAACAGUUAUCAUGUUGAUAACAUAAAUGUUCAUGUAUAUCACAUUAAAUUUAAACUUGAAUUUUCUUUUUAUAACUCAUUAAAAAUAUAUAUUUAUUUUUUUAAUUAUUAAUUAUAAGUAAAAAAAAACACAUGAAGUUUGUAAAUGCUGAACUUGUAAACCAUUUUGUAAAUAUGACAUUUUAUUCAAGCUAGCCAUUUCAUAUUGUCUUGUGAGGUCUUUGUUGUUUUUCACAAACAGUUCAAACAUUUUUCAAAUUAUCAACAAUUUCAACCAAGUUUGUAAUCGUCUCUUGAUUUAUAAAAUUCUUACAGAAAGUGAGCAGAAGUAAAUUUAAUGCCUCCCUUUCAGAAGUUUUGAAUGGGAAUUAUAAGCCAUGUACUUUCUGGUAAUUGUUUUUUAAAUUUAAGUGCAUGUAUAAAGAUAAACUGUGUUCAUUUUCAACUUAGGAACUUUAAAAAAAAAUUAUUCUGUUUAAAAUUUCUUUCAUCUUAAAAAAACACUUUUUGUUCUCCCUGUCUUUACAGUCUUAUCACAAAGUAUUGUAGUACAUAAUCUUUCUUUGAUAACUUACUUGAUUUUUCGUAUCAAUAAAUUAUUUUAAGUUAUUUAAAAUAGUCUUGUUAAGAAAUUGUGUUUUGGGGAUUGAACAAAACAAGAUAUUGUUGAUACGAUGUUGUGUAUAAAAGUGUAAGAUAUUCAUGAUUUGUGCAUGGUUAAUGUUGCUAUCUUAAUUAACUCGUUAAUGAAUUUUUAUGCAGUGUUGUCUGGUUUUAUUCUAGAUGAUCAAUUAAUCAUGUAUUGUAAAUCUUUGUUAUUUUACUUAACCAUUAUUAUUAUUACAUUACCAAUGAAGGAAUAAAGUCACAAACUAUA